GAUUGUGCCUGUCAGGACCUCAUGUGGGAAAUAAGCUUUGUUCAGUGUCACGGUUUCUUCUUACGUGUGUUGGAAAGAUGUACGAGCGAUACAAGCGGAGAUAUAGUUUUUGUGCCAAAGGAGAGAGAACUGUGGAUGUAGUUUUAAUCAAGAUCCACAGAGACAAAGACGCACUGUGUUCCAGUGUUUCCCAGAAGAGACACAACUUAUCCACAGAAAGUUCGCAGUAUCCAGAGUUUUACACUUGCAACUCGGAAACAGUCACGUUUCGGGACUCAGGAAGCGAUACAGAUGGAUUUCUCAGUCCUGACACUGGAGAGGAAAACAUCUUCAGAAAGGGGCACGAGGCUGUAGGUGGAGGCGACAGCACGAGCGAGGUGUCCGUCUCCUGCUCCUCCACGGACGACACGGCCAGCGUGGGACAUCCCAGCUCCUCGGCCGAAAGCUCUGAGGAGGUGCGGCAAGGAGGAGAGGCAGAAGAGGAGGCCAAAGACAGGCUGACGGAGGUGCCACUGCCUGCCUCUCUCUGCCGGUCCACCGUCCGCUCCCUCUCUCCAUUACGCAGACACAGCUGGGGUCCUGGGAAGAACCAGGGAGGGGAAGAAGAAAUGAACCAGCGCAGUUCUGUACGAAGUGCAGGAGAGAGAAAGCCUGUGUUUUACAGAAGAAGUCUGAGCUGGUGCCCCAGUGAACCCUGUCGAGAGCUGGAAGAAAUUAGAGAGCUCAUCAGUUAUAGUUUGGAGGGUCUAGCAGCAGGGAUUGAGGAUGGCAAACGUUGGAUACCGCAGUCCGGAGGUCCAUCCACACAUCAGCGAGGGGUUCAGAGGCAGGAAAGUGAGGAGAGGGGCUCACUGACGUCUCUCACAGAAGAAGGUCCUGAGUCUGAUUUGGGAGAAUGCAGCAUACCAGUUGGUCAGAAAUCAAGGAAGUAUCAUCAGUUCAGACACAGUGGUCCAUCUGUGACUCUCCCCCUCAAAAAAUCAGUCUCUAUGCUUUCCAUCAGCCAACGGGACAUAGAUGGCAUGACGUCAUUCACCAGUGCCACCAGCUCAAUGGGAUACAGCAUCACAGAGGAGGAACCUGGUCCUUUAAGAGGAGAUUUUGAAAAAAAUACCACCAAAGUGAGCCGGACGUUCAGCUACUUGAAGAACAAAAUGUACAAGAAGGCCAGAGAAAAAGAAAAGGAAAAGAAUCGGGAGAAAGUCCGAGAGGCCAAAGAGAGAGAGAAGAAAUCAGUGAAUGGACACGUGUUCAGCACGUCAAACUUGCUGCAUCCAGCUUUGUGCCAGCAAUGCAACAAAACCCUCAACACUAAAGAUACUGUCAGCUGCACAAAUUGCAAUGUGAGAGUUCACAAGAGUUGUAGAGAAAACAUCCCAGUUUGUCCCAAAAGCAGAAUGCAGUUUGCUGUACCAGAGUCCACCAAUAUGCCUGCCGUCACUCUGCGAACAAAAUCGUCCACAAUGCGGGAUCGUCCCUGGUCUGCUAUCUUUUCUCCAGAGGAGCAUUCGGUGAUUGCCCCGUCCAGACGAGCCACCAGUAUUAUGCCCUUCCACGGCAGCAACCUCUCGAAAAGCAUGUCCAUCAACAACAUUGCAAUGUUUGACGAUAUGCCUCUAAGAGGCAUGCGGUAUCUGUCUCAAUCCACAGACUCUCUCCACAAACCCCACAAGGUUACAGCGUCCACUGAGUCUUUAGAUGAAGGAACUGAGAUGGUUGACAGCCGGCUGAUGGGAGAGUUUGAAGCAGAUGUUAAAGAACUGGAGGCCGAUUCCUGGAGCCUUACUGUAGAUAAGAAAUAUCUGAAGCAACUCAAGAAGGACGUCAUUAAGAGACAAGAUGUCAUCUAUGAGCUGGUCCAGACGGAGAUGCAUCACCUGCGGACGUUACGGAUCAUGUCUGAUGUGUACUGUAAGGGCCUGCAGAGAGAUCUCCAGCUGGAGGUCCAGGCGGUGGAGAAGAUGUUCCCCAUGCUGGACGAGCUCCUGGAACUCCAUUCGUUCUUCUUCAGCGCUCUGCUGGAGAAGAAGAAGGAAGCAAAGCUGGAAGCAACGGACGGAUUCAUAAUCAACAGGAUAGGAGAUGUGCUGGUCAACCAGUUCUCAGACUCCAAUGCAGAAGGCAUGAAGAAAAUCUAUGGCAAAUUUUGCAGUCGACACAGUGAAGCAGUGAACUUCUACAAGGAGCUGCAUGCCAGAGACCGACGCUUCCAGGCAUUCAUCAGGAAAAAAAUGAGCAGCAGUGUUGUCCGGCGUAUGGGCAUCCCAGAGUGCAUAUUACUGGUGACUCAGAGGAUAACAAAGUACCCGGUGCUUUUACAGCGAAUCCUGCUGCACACCAAAGAGAACGAGAAGGAUUUUGAAGACUUGACGCAGGCGCUACAGCUGGUGAAAGACAUCAUCGCUUCAGUGGACAGUAAAGUGAAUGAGCAUGAGAAGAAGAAAAGGUUGAAAGAAAUCCACGGCCGUACAGACAGCAAGUCCAUCACGCGCAUGAAGAACGGUCAGAUGUUCGCCCGAGAGGAUCUGCAGCGCAGUCGCAAGCUUCUCCAUGAUGGUCCUCUCCAGCUGAAAAACGCUGCCGGACGACUGAAGGAUGUCCAUGCACUCCUUCUUUCGGAUGUCUUUGUGUUCCUCCAAGAAAAAGACCAGAAAUAUGUUUUUGCGUCUCUGGACCAGCGAGCCACUGUUAUCUCCCUGCAGAAGCUGAUCGUGCGAGAGGUGGCCCACGAGGAGCGAGGUCUCUUCCUCAUCACCGCCGGCAUCGCAAACCCCGAAAUGGUGGAGGUUCACGCCAGUUCCCGAGAGGAACGUAACACCUGGAUGCAGCUGAUUCAGGACGCCAUGAACUCAAUACAAAAGGAUGAUGAUGAGGGGAUCCCGAGUGAAACUGAGGAAGACAGGAAGCUACUCGAAACAAAAACAAAAGAAAUGAGAGACAUGCUCCAGAGGAAGGAUGAACAGAUUGUUUCACUCCUGCUGGAGAAGAUGAAGCUUUUCCGUGAAAUGUGCGGUUCGUCCGACGACACAGCUUCGGCGGUUAAAAUGCUCUUCAGGGCCAACAACGAGGACGUGCCCAAGGGGGAACCCAUCAUGAUGGACGCUCUCAGAGAGGUGGAGAUGUUGCAGGCGCUGGUGAACAGCAGUCUGGGAGGGGUGGUGGGACAGCAGCUGGCCUGCGCUCCGGGGAACAUGGGACCCGUGUGUCUGCCACGCAGAGCCGAGACCUUCGGAGGGUUUGACAGCCACCAGAUAAACAUCUGCAAACAUGGCGACAAAGAGGAAGCUGAAGAUCUUCGGAGGACAGGAUCUGACAGUGUUCUGAAGAAGGGAGGAAACGCCAACCUGCUGCUCCUGCAGAAGAGAAACAGCGAGCAGAUCCUGACUGGUGUCACUCACCUGCAUGACCUCCUGACCUCACUUCAGGCCGUGGUGCUGCAGCAGGACACUUUUAUUGAGGACCAACGUCAGGCCCUAAACGAGCGCACCCCGUCCCGGUCCUCCUCUCGCCCCCCCUCGCUGGUGGAGCAGGAGAAACAGCGCAGCUUGGAGCGUCAGCGUCAGGAGGCCGUCACCCUACAGCACCAGCAGGCCGUCCACGCCGAAGAGAAGCGGCGCAAGGUUAAGGAGUGGGAUGUGAAGGAGCAGGAGCUGACGGACCACGAGCUGCUGCUGCAGGUGAAGGAGGAGGAGAUGCGCAGGAGGAACAAAGAGCUGGACGAGGUGCGGCAGGAGCUGCAGGGGAGGAAGGAGGACUAUCAGAGGGAUCUAGAGAGACUGAGGGAUGCUCAGAGGAGGCUGGAGAGAGAGAAGGAGCAGCUGCAGAAGGAGAUGGAGAGAGUGGAGCACCUCCGUGAGGUGGAGGCUCGACUUCAGCGCACCCCCUCCAGCACGUCAGAGGACUCCCUGAAGCUCCAGAGCAGCAGCUCCAUCGAGCGAGAGAUCUGGGAGGGAGACUUAUCGUCCAGCCCCAGGAAGAACUCUCUGUCCAGGAUAGACUCCAAACAGAAGGGCCGCAGCCUCUUCUCCCUGGGCAGCAAAACUCAGAGCCUAGAAGGCCAAAACCAGAUGCCCACACGACUGCUGCAGCUGGCUUCAUCUAAGGAGAAGAAGGACAAGAAGAAGAAGAAGAGCAAGAGCCAGCCUCCUCAGGACGCAGCAUCACAUCUGCUGCCCCUGACAGAGCCUUCAAUGGACGGAGAGAUCUUCUUCUGCUGAUUUAUCCAUCAUCCCUUCUGUCUUCUAUCAAAUCAUGUAGGAAGUCACCCAAAGUGCCCUCUUCAUCUUUCUACAAUCUAAAAAUUCUCACAAAACAUGUCCAGGUCACAUUACACCGCAAAAUCAACAGAAA